GUAUCAGAACAUUUCUCCCUGUACACUUUGAACAUUGCUCACUUCUAGAGAUACAAGAGAGUAUUCGCAUCAAUCGCUUGCGCGUCCUUUAAAUUUCCAGGGCUUUCGAGCGUUUUCCCUACACGUUUAUCACGGCGAAUGCCGUCCAUCUGACUCGAAUCCACCCAUUCCCAACAACUAUCGGUUGGGUAUUUAACUCGUGGCACCUCUUACAGACAAUCAUCCGUUCUCAACGACACAUCAUUUGCUUUACUCUUUACUAUCCGAAGAUUCAAACUGAUUCUAUUUUUGUCGCCGGCUCUCCAGUGACAUCAAACGAUUGUAAGAAUUAGGCUUGGGUAUUCUGGUCUUCUCGAUCUAAUUGGUCUCUCACUCAAAGCUUCUAAGAAUGGUGGACAACAAAAUAGAAGAACAGCUGGACGAGAUGAAAGUCAACCGAUUCUCGAUUGAUGAAAAUCAUAUACUAUCGAUGACAAAGGCGUUUGCACGCGACUGGUUGUUAGAUCAAGCAAGUGUGGCGCAGGACUUCGUUUAUACUCUUCGCACUCGCGCAAAUGAGUUAGCCCAUAUACAUUCCUUGCCAGAUGAGCUCCUCUUGCGAGUCUUUCAAAUUCUCGUCGAUGAUGACAAUGCACUACUCCUGAAGGAUAGAUGUUACGCGAUCGUCACGUUGACGGCAGUUUGCAGGAAAUGGCGAGCAAUGGGCCUGGAUUCGCCAUUACUCUGGACAGACAUCGAUGCUCUCAAUUUGGACCGGGCUGAGGUUUUUCUGCGGAGGUCGGGAACAACAGCUGCUCACGUCCGGCUGUAUGCUAUUUACCAGGAAGGAGCAGAAUACGCGGCGCGGCUGGCUGAUAUCUUGUCAGAUCACGUCGAACAUAUCACAAGUCUGACCUUAUCAGCUCGCCUUCCCCUUUUAUCAGACAUCCUUACCCGCAUUACAUUCUCACUGGGUGCAAUACAAAAUCUUUCUCUCGAGGCCUGGCACUAUACCUUUUCCCUCCACGAUUCCAUCACACCCACAGUGUUUACUCCCACUAUAACUAAGCAACUUGACAACAUCUCUCUAUAUGGCGUGUUCCUACCAUUCAAUUCGCCGAUGUUUGUGGGGCUGUUGACACUGCAUUUGGGGUAUCACAAUCCGAGGCCUGAGCUCGCUCCCUCCAUGGACGAAUUCCUAGCUGUUUUGAAAAACUGUCCACAUUUAACCGACUUGCGUUUAUGUUACGCAGGCCCUACGGUUGAUACCCUUAGACGGGGUGGGACGACGCCUGUUGUACGACGGCUAGAGCUCAGCUGUCUACAGACCUUGUCACUUGAAUUGGAGGCUAGGAACAUCGCCUUGCUUCUGACGCAUCUCGUAAUCUCGGAGCACACGCGAGUUAAUUUGACGUGUUAUCUGGAAGAAUCCGACUCCGUGACAAGCAUCAUUCCACCUCAUUCCACGUUAAUGGUUCUCAAUGUCUGCAGAACACUACGGGUCAGGGCUGUCACCUUGAUGCAUGAACGGCGUAGUGCUAUGCUGAAGUAUAUACGUGUGGAAGCUGCUAUAAACUCGAUGGCACCUCCGAACAUCACGAUAGAUCUUGCAUCGGCGGACCGAUGGAAUGAAAACCACUGGCAGGCAAUAACUCCAGAAGUUCUGCUUGCACUUCCGGUUUUGUUCCAUACAAGCCCCAUCUCGACUCUGGAUGUUUCCUGCAAUGCUAACGACAUGACGUGUGACCAAUGGUUGGAGACUCUCGAAAGAUUCCCACUUCUGACUUCCCUUACCCUUCAUCCUCAAUUGGACGGACUCUUUGCUCUUCCUAGCUGCGUUAACGGACUCCUCGAUGCUCUCUGUGUGUUGAACCACGAGGCUCUCCAUGAACCUGCUACAAUAUGCUCGGGCCUACGGUAUCUUAUGCUAGACAGAUUUGUUAUGGAUUCUGAGUUUUUCCCAAACCUGUUGGGUUGUUUGGAACUACGGAGUUCCAUGGGAAUCGGUCUCUGUGCUGUGGAUAUCCUCAGCUUUCAUUGGACUGGCCCUGGGAAGCUUUUGAUACCUGAUCUUGGAGAAUGGGUCUACUGCAGGAAAAAUGGUUGUUGGUGUACUGUAGGAACAUGUGACGACUCGCAGUUUUGAUAAAUGCUUUUUUUUGUAGUUGUGUCAAUAUGCGGAUUGCGGUUACGAAGAACGUUAUUCCCAGGUGGAAUGAUACAGUGUUUAUCUGACUCGCCAGGAUUGUCCGUCGGAGCUGAACAAAUUCUGAAUUAUAUUCAGCACGGCAUUUUCAUGGCAUUAAAGAUCGUUAGUAGUGUAGAAUAUGAGUAGGAUUUUCAUUAAACGUGCGUGAACAAA